CCAGCCAAAAAUGUUAGAAUUUAGAACUAUCCCUUCGACAUCCGAAGUCCUAUCUGUCUAUGCCUCUGUGUCCACCUCAACAAUGCUUAUUCGCACAAUGGCAAACCAACUCAUACCCCACCAGUUCCAAGGCUACAUUUUCUCCCGCUUGCAAACCAUCUUUGCCCAUCUCAUCUCCUCACCUCGGCUACUCAUGACCAUCGUUGUCGAUGAAUACACUGGCUUCCAUCGCAACCAAAUCUUCGAUGCCUCUGAGAUCUACCUACUCUCUAAGCUCACCUCCCCCAACUCUUCCUCCAUGGACAGAGUCAAAGUAGCAAAAACUCCAAUAGACAAGAACCUCUUGCUAGGGUUUGAAAAAGAUCAAGAGAUCAUCGAUUUCUUCCAUGGGAUUCAACUUAAAUGGAAGCUCGUUUAUCACGAAGACAAUAACUCAUCUCCGGGCUACAAUGGCAACAAGGAAUGCCGAUGGUUUGAGCUGAUUUUCGACGAGAAACACAAAGGAAUUGUGUUGGAUUCUUACCUGUCUCACGUUGUGGAGAAAUCAAAGGCCUUGAAAGAAGAGAACAAGGUUGUGAAACUCUAUACUCGUGGCCAAUCCAUUAACCUUGAACAUCCCGCAACGUUCGAUAAGUUGGCAAUGGACUCAGAGCUUAAGAGGGCUUUGAUUGAGGAUUUGGAUAGGUUUGUAAAGAGAAGAGAGUUUUAUAGAAGAGUUGGGAAGGCUUGGAAGCGAGGGUAUCUAUUAUAUGGUCCUCCAGGAACCGGGAAGUAGAACUUGAUAGCUGCCAUGGCGAAUUACCUCAAGUUUGACAUCUAUGAUUUAGAGCUCGCAAGUCUUCGUAAUAACUCAGACCUCAGGGGAUUGCUGGUUUCGACCACAAACCGAUCGAUACUUGUGAUAGAGGAUAUUGAUUGCAGUAUUGAGAUGCAGGAUCGUGCACAUAGAGGAGGUAGAUCACCGAACCAGGUCAGUUUCCUAAGCUCUUAGAGCUAGUUUAGUUAUUUGACUUUGAGUUGAGGU